UUAAUAAAAAAUUCUGGCGAAAAAAUGGCUGAAAUUGGUAUCAAUACACGCUACUUAAGCAGUAAUCGUGGCAUAAUAAAAAUUAUACAAAUAGUACUUGGCUUCAUUAUUUGUUCGUUGCUGUGCGCUUCCUGGCAUGGUGGACGUUCAUGUUUUGGCGAAGGCCGACUCGGAUAUUGUUCUAGCUUAAACUUCAUCGUUCUUGUCAUCAAUAUCGUUCUUUUUGUUCUCAAUUUCCUGAAUAUCAUUGCAUGGCGACUAGAAAGAAUCUAUUCGGUGAUAUGUACGCUAUUAUUUCUGGUUGCCGUGAUUCUUAUAAUAUGGUUUAUUAUUGAAAUGAAUUCAAGCCGAACAUCGCUUAUCAUUACUACUGUAAUUAUUUGA